AUGCUAUUGGAAAAAUUUGGAAUUGAUCUAGGAUACAUGGGACAGGAGAUUUACGAGUGGCUAUGGCCGAAGCGUAGCUCUAACACUGUAGCAAAGCAUAAAGGAAAACUGGAUUCCGUGAACCAAGGGGGCUACUUGCCACGAACUAAUAGACGCACGUCGGAACACCUUUCCGACGCAGUUUUACGUUCUACUGCGGCAGAAUACAAUUAUAAUCUACAUAGGUACCUCCUACACAAUUAUGCACAGGAAACGGUUGUGGACAUAUAUAGAAGAAUUGCAUUUCACAUGAGGAUAUCCCCCAGGGUGCUUGCACGAGAAGUGGCAGCGCUGACGGGAAGAUUUGGAAUAAACAUUCUUCAACCUGACAAGGACGAGUACGGGAAAACCAUACAAGCUGACAUUUUGUGUCUGCGAAGGGUAAAGGCAAAAAUUUAUUCUCUGCUUGGCCGUAAGCUUUUGAAGUAUCACAUGCUGCUCUUCUUACGUUACAUUAAAUUAGGUAUUCCUCCAGAGAUACGUGAACGCUAUGUUUCGGAUAUACUAACGCGCACCAACAUUUCACAUGUAUGUGAAAUGUUCUGUGGUAAUGUGGAGCAUUCGCAAAUGAUUUUGCCCCAAGAUCGAAAAUUUUCAAUAAAACAAGAGGCGGCAAAAACUUUGACAUAUCCGGAACGUGUAGAUUUCGAUUCUCAGGGAUAUCCUUAUUCUGCGGAAGUAUUCUCAUUGGCCGAUGUGGGAUCGUCUCCCUCUCAACUUGUACAUCCGAAAGUAUAUAAAUACCUCAACAAACGGUCGAGGUCCAAGCUUGUAUAUAUAUUUGCUGCGCUGAAUCCGCAAUGUGGUCUGCAGAUCAUUAAACAUAUUGUUAGCUCUGCAGGUUACAAAUGUGAGCGUGACCUGCUGCUAAACUUUUGUUUAGGUUCGAAUUUUGGCUCCAGGGGUGCCAAAGCAUUUGUAUCGAAAUUAAAGGAAGAAAGAAUAAGUGAUCAUUACAUAAGUAAGGCGGCGCAGCUCGCAACAGGGGGAAAAAUGCAUUACUGUGUUAGUGACGCUCUGGUGAUUUUACAGGAUUCGCCAUAUGUAUCUGGUUUGAUCAAACGGCAUAUAGAUUCAGGGCGCAAAGUUAUGCCAAUUAGUACUGCCCGUAUGAUUUUCAAAAGGAUACGUAAUAACGUUGAGUUACAACCUCAAGACAUGACUCUCUGGGAUGUGAUGCGCAAAUUUAUCGCAUUGAGGGUGCCAAAUGCCCCGCUCCAUCUCUACAAGCAAGUCAGAAUGGAAAUUUUUGCAAACGAAACGUACAUCUCACCCAACUUAAAGCGUUGUCUGAAACGGCGUGGGAUCGAAGCCGACGGAAUCACGGAGUUGUACACAACUCAAAGGGGUAACACACAGGAUGUGGAUUACUCCACAAGAUCUCGCGCAGCAAAGGUGAUACGCCGCGACCUCAGACAACUAUGGAUCAGCGCAGCCAACUCGUCUAAGAUCGAAAUGGAAAGAAUAGGAUUGGAUAUCAUCGACGCAAUGGUGGCCGCGGCUGGCUACGGCACCCUGAAUAAUCUUAUUGUACUCGUCACGAUGCUAUCUAAACUGCCCGAUGACAACAAUGAGCGACGAUGCCGCCAACCAGGUCCAGAUUUCGAGCACUCACCACUGCUAGAGAUGAAGGACUUCAAGUUCAAAAAAUUUCAAGAUUAUAGCACGAUACCAGACUCAUGA